GAGCAGGAGGCCUGGCCCAGCAGACCAUCCCUUGAGCCACAGGGCGUGGGGCGCAGACUCGAGAGCCAUGGUCUUCUUCCCGCUGAUCCCGCAGCUGCUGCAUAAGCGUGUGGUGAUGGCCCGCACUGCCCCGCGCCACCUCAAUCUCCUAAGAAAUGCGGGGCCCAGGUUCCAGGUGGUUCCUUCCAGGUUCAAAGGGCAGCUCAGUAAAGCCUCGUUCCCCACCCCUUACGCAUACGCCAUGGAAACGGCCAAGCAGAAGACUCUGGAGGUGGCCAGGAGGAUGCACCAGAAGCACGGGAAGGACGCGAAGGAUGCAGACUGCACAGCCACCGUGGAGAGCCUGCCCCCGACUGCCAUUGUGAAGAUGAUAUACGGCCUCAAAGUGUCCCAGGUCCUCUUCACAGCUUGCAAGAUGAAGGUGUUCGACUUACUGAGAGAUGAAGGCCCCCUGCGUGCGGAGGACAUUGCCAGGAAAACCGGUGCCUCAGAGAUAGGAACUGGACAGCUGCUGGACGCCUGUGUAGCCCUGGGACUGCUGGACAAGACGGAGAGAGGUAAGGGGACCGGGAGGAGUUUCUCGGAGAGUCACAGAGGCAGAAGCAAGUCACCGAGGGAACGGGGUCUGGGAGCAGAGGCAGGGUCGCCCGGACCCACUGUCCCUUUGUCCUCAGAGCCGGGCCGCUCCCCAGACGGUGGGACAGAGGAUGGGGGGGAGAAAGGAGAAGGCGUGUCUGGGUGUCAGCACACGCGCACGUGAGGAGAAUGCCUCCUUAUGUGUCUGGUCUCGGGGGGCCGUCUCGGUCAGGGGUCUCCACAGACACAGAACAAACCAGACAUUUCCCUGUGCACGACACAGACAGUGGUAUCUGGACGGACAGAUGAGAGGGAGGAGGAGAGAUGGUAGAUAGGUUGAUGGAUGGACAGAGGGACACAGUGGACGGGCGGAUGGAUGCGUGGUGCGUGGGUGGAUGAUGGAUGGAUGGAUAGAGAGGGUGUUGAG